AUGGGAAGUCUGCCACGGGCCAGAGUCACUUCUAAUCGGCCCUUUCUCCACACUGGAGUGGACUUCGCCGGUCCGAUAUUCCUUCGGACGGCCAAGGGACGAGGCCACAAGGCAUACAAGGCCUUCCUGGCAGUUUUUGUAUGUUUCAGCUCUAAAGCAGUCCACCUUGAGGCAGUGAGUGAUUACUCGGCCGACGCGUUCUUGGCCGCCUUCAGGCGCUUUGUCUCCCGACGAGGACUGUGCCGGGCGGUCUAUAGCGACUGCGGGACCAAUUUCGUGGGGGCUGACAAUCAGCUCAAGGCGCUGUUUCAGGCAGCGAAUCGAGACGUCCAUCGGGUCAUCGGGCAUUUAGCGGACGAAGGUGUCCAAUGGCACUUCAACCCUCCCGCCGCCCCGCACUUCGGCGGGCUAUGGGAAGCAGCGGUGAAGUCCAUGAAACGGCACCUGCGGCGAGUCAUCGGCGAGACGACGCGCACCUUUGAGGAGAUGACCACCUUCCUCGCAGAGGUAGAGGCCUGUCUCAACUCUCGCCCGCUCCAGGCCCUGACUGACGAUCCAGAGGACCUCGAUGCCCUGACCCCCGGUCACUUCCUCAUCGGGGCACCCCUCAACGCAAUCCCCGAGCCGUCAACUGUCGACAUUCAAACCAAUCGGCUAAGCCGCUGGCGUCUCCUUCAGAACAUGAGGGACCACCUGUGGCAACGGUGGUCGCGAGAGUAUCUGCAGGAACUCACUCCGAGACCGAAGUGGUGGACGGCCGACAGGAAUUUGCGAGAGGGCCAGCUAUGCCUAAUUAAGAGCGAGACCACACCACCUUCGCGCUGGCCACUCGCUCGAGUCGCUCGCCUGCACCCAGGAGAAGACGGCCAAGUGCGGGUGGUGGACCUGCGGACCGCCAACGGAGAGCUUACUCGCCCUGUCGUGAAGCUCGUGCCUCUGCCCCCGGCUGACACCCGGGCUCAGGAGCCUGUCACUUGCAUGUAA